GUUCCUUCCGGUUUGUGAGUCGGGGCCGGAAGUGCCGGGGUUGGCGGCUGCUUCCUGGGCCGUCGUGAGUAGGUUGUAGCGUACCGUAGAGUAGCUGCCGCCUACUCCUUCAUCUCCAGCCGGGUUCGGGGACGUGUCGUUGUUUGUCGCCUCCGUUGUUCUUGGAUUCUCGGCCGCCGCGGGAUUUAACAGUCAACAUGUCGAGCAAAAGGGCAAAGACAAAGACCACCAAGAAGCGCCCUCAGCGCGCAACUUCAAAUGUAUUUGCUAUGUUUGAUCAAUCACAGAUUCAGGAAUUCAAAGAGGCCUUCAAUAUGAUUGAUCAGAACAGAGAUGGUUUUAUUGACAAGGAAGAUUUACAUGAUAUGCUUGCUUCCUUAGGAAAGAAUCCAACUGAUGAGUACCUAGAUGCCAUGAUGAAUGAAGCUCCGGGUCCUAUAAAUUUUACUAUGUUCCUUACAAUGUUUGGGGAGAAGUUAAAUGGAACAGAUCCAGAAGAUGUCAUCAGAAAUGCUUUUGCUUGCUUUGAUGAAGAAGCUACAGGCACCAUUCAGGAAGAUUACUUGAGGGAAUUGCUGACAACAAUGGGAGACAGGUUCACAGAUGAAGAAGUAGAUGAGCUGUAUAGAGAAGCACCUAUUGACAAAAAGGGAAAUUUCAAUUAUAUUGAGUUCACACGCAUUCUUAAACAUGGAGCAAAAGACAAAGAUGACUAAAAGGAAAUGUCGUAUUCAUGCCAACAGUUCUUAUUUUCAUUCUGUUUAUUUCUGAGACUUUCUGAUAGAAACUGUUAGCAUGCACUCAGCUUUACAGCUUUUGCUUCUCACUGUAUUUAUUCCAAGCCAUUUGGGGCACACUUGCACCUCUGUAAUCAGACUGGAAAAAAAGGGGGGUUAUCACUUUUUAAAGCUGAAGUAAAGUAGAAUUGGAGAAAUGAUCAUUGACUUGUGAAAGCCUAAGGGGGGAAAAAAUCUCAAUUUCUGGUUUAGCUGGAUUUUUUACACUUUUUGUAAUAAAUACUUUUAAAAUAAAGGUUGUGAACAAAGUAUUUCCCUAAAUGCAGGUAUUAGGUGUAUUUAAAUAACUUCUGAAAAUAAAAAAAUCUAGUUUUUUAAAACCUCAAUGGCCAAACACUAAGUUACAGCUUAUAUAUGAAUUAGCAAUUUUUUCCUCAGGAAGAGGUGUUAACUCCUCUAUUAUACAUUCUUGUGCCAGAUUAAAAACACUUCUGAGAUGAAGUACUUGUUCAAAACCUUUGGCUCACCAAGAACUAAUCAAUUGACGGCAGCUUGGACAUUUAUUUACUAUUAUUCAUUGUUUCCAGAGAAACAGGUGAAGUAAACUAUAGGAAAAAAUUCGAGUUAUCUACUUGUUUUCCCACUAUCUCCAGCUUUCUAUCUACCUCUACCAUCUUUGUAUUCCCAGUGCCUCUUAGCAUCCUGGAUGCUGAAUAACUGUGUCAAACCAAAAGUUAAACUAGUGCCAUAACCUCAUUUGUAUGAGUAGGUUUUCUUUGCUGUCUUCUAAUGAUGAUUUUACAUUUGCAUUGUUCAUUUGUAGUAUUUGGGUAACUUUAAUCCUAACCACACUAUGUUUUCCAUUAUCUACUUUGAACUUUUGAGCACUGCUUAAGUUCAUAAGACUAGAUUAUUUCGAGUUUAAUUCCAAAUUUAUAAGAAUUUUUGUUAGGAUAGUUGCCUGUUUAUAAAAUUAUUUCAAUAGAGAGGUGAUUCUAAGUGCCUUAAAAUUGGAAUUUUCUUUUAUUGUUUAUGGCUCUUAGAUUUCUUAAGAGGAAUUUCCGUAUGUAUCUUUAUUGAAGUGUCUAUGCCUUUUGAGUGGAAGGCCUUUAAAAGGUAUAUUACGUUUUAUCUAAUACUACACAAAACAUUGCACUAAUUAUGUAAUGAAUCCUAGGCCCUUACACAGGCCCUUCUUCAUCUCUACUGCACUGAGCAAAAUAUAUAUCCCUUAGGAAGAAGUCAAGUAAAAGUUUUUUUAGCUCUUGCAAGGUAUAGCAUAGGCCUACAUUAGUGUUAGCUUAAAAUAAACCAUAGUUUGUUUUUAGGGGUAUUGCUACAUAAUUGAAUUUGGUGUGUUAUAUAUACCACAGGUGUGUUCUAUUUAAGCACAAAUAUUUGUAUUUUGAUAAAAAUGAGGAUUCUUUAAAGCCAAUGAGUUUGAAGCAAAUAAGUCUGUGUCUGCUCAUAAGUUUUGCUUUAAACUUUUGAAAUCAUGAAAUAAAUUUAUCUAUUAGAAGAAAUGGGCCUGGGUGUUGUGGUGCACGCCUGUAAUCCCUUCUCCUGAAGGAAGCUGAGGCAGGUGGAAGUUCUGAGCUACAGUAGGGCUGAAGCUUAUCAGGCAGUCUUGCUGUAUUCUUGCCAAUGUGGUGAGCCCUCUGGGAGCAGACCAGCUUGCUUUUUAAAUAAAAGCCUGGUUUAACACUUCCCUGUCAAUCAUCAAUGCCCAUGAGUGGCUGCAACACUUCUAGCUCAAGAAAAUCAAAACAGUGAGUCCUAGUCUUCUCUCCCCCCAAAACAAAACACCAUACCAUUCCAACCUCAGGUAGCAAAGAUGAUGUGUGAACUGGGUAUUUUUUUCUAUCUCCAUUCUUAGUCUUUGAUGGAAGUAUCAUCCUUUAUUUGCCUCAGUAUCCAUCCUUCUGUUUUGCACUUAAUUUGAAUUGUGUAUAACUGGAGUCCUUUUUUAUAACCAAGUUAUAUCAAGCAGAAGUUGGAUGAAAACCAUGGCAAUUCUAGUAAGAUUAAUCGCAUUUGGACAAGCUCAUAAUUCCUUUAUGUUACAGAUGGAUGCUUUUGAGUAAUAUCAUCCCUUGGUGAUCACUCAGGGUUUUGCAACAGACUGGCAAGAGGGACUAACUUGCAAGAUUCUGCUGUCAGUGUCUAUAUAUUCAGUGUUCUGCUUUGUAGAAAUUCAAUGCUCGAUUUACAUUGCUUGAAUUCUCUGCUCAUAAAAUCCAGAGCCAAUAAAGUGUUUAAA